UACCACUUCUGUCGACGCCUGUCAACCCAUCCCACCUUGAAUCACAACCUGUGAUCAACCUGUGAUCACGUGAUUGAAGGUCCCACCCUCUGCGCACCUCAGUUCGCGAUAACCUCAGAGACCGAACAGCCAGCACCACAACCACAAUCAACAACACGCCAUGUCUUCUUCAUCUUCGUCGGCGUCCAAGAAGCGCGCCAAUCUCUGUGUGCCCUAUGUCGCUCUCGAGGCUCCUGCACCUAGCGAUGAAAUCUCGGGCCUGCUCGCAUCCACGCUGCCAAUGGUCGCCAUGUUCCUGAGAAACAAACUCAUCGCCUGGUCCGCAGUCCUAGUCUCCGUCCAGUCCUGGCUUAACGAGACCGAAGCCUCAAGAUCCGAAGCCAGUCAACCCGGAUGGAUAAAAUUAGUCAUGUCGCUCGCCGGCCUCGUCGUCUGCUACAUGGACCUGCUCUUCCCCGCCAAAGCCGUCAACGGCGCGCUCUCGUCCAUCACCGGCCGCGAUGCCUCGGCUGUUACCACCAGACUAUCCAUGGCUGCCAGAGCUACCGCUGAAUAAUUUACCACAUGUACUUCUAUCUCCUUCUAAUGUAUAUCUAUCAACUAUAAAC